CGAGGAGCUUCCACAGGAGCAGACCGGGGCGCGAGCACAUUCCCGCAGUGCUUGUGGUUGUGCUGCUGCGGUGGUGACACACUGCCACAGUUUCUCACACAUACACACCCGGGGGCACGAGGCGGGCUGGUCGAGCGCGAGAUCAUGUGAGAGUCCACGCGCCGAAAGUAGGUUAGAGAGAGAGAGAGAGAGAGAGAGAGAGAGAGAGAGAGAGAGAGAGAGAGGCAAAGCCGCGGGAGAGGAGAAGGAGAAGUGCAUUUACUGUACUGCAACCGCUGCACCGCGUGCAUGAAUGCAAGAAAAACAAACAAACGAAUAAACGAAACAACAACGGCGACGAGAUUCGGGCGCAUCGGAAUAAAAACAGAAAGAAACCUGACCAACAUUCGCUCGGUUUGCUCGGUUUUAGCGGAGACGGACAAGCAACAGGAAAACUUAUGCGCUUUAGCUGCUUCAGUGUCUUUGCACCGCUCCGCUCCGGAGCUCUGAACAUUUCACCUGAUUCACACACUCAGCGGUCAGAUGUUCUGGAGUUGCACUGUUCGCAGAUAAUAUAGACCUGGCAUCAAGAUGAGAGCUCAAAUCGAGGUGAUACCUUGUAAGAUCUGCGGUGAUAAAUCGUCAGGUAUUCAUUAUGGAGUCAUCACCUGUGAGGGGUGCAAGGGUUUCUUCCGCCGCAGUCAGCAGAACAACGCCAUGUACUCAUGUUCUCGGCAGAGGAACUGCCUGAUCGACCGCACCAACCGCAACCGCUGCCAGCACUGCCGUCUGCAGAAGUGUCUGGCACUCGGCAUGAGCCGCGACGCUGUGAAGUUCGGCCGCAUGUCCAAAAAGCAGCGGGACAGCCUGUACGCGGAGGUGCAGAAGCACCAGCAGUCUCAGGAGCGGGCCGGGGGCACUGGGGCCGUCUCUUUGCCCCCCCGCGGGGGAGAUGAAGUUGGAGAGAAUGGUAACAGUGGGCACGGAAGAGCAUACAGCCGCAGCAGCUCCAGCACGGCCCUCAGCGACCUGGACGACAUCGGAGCGCUGCCGGACAGCCUGCUGUUCGACCUGCCGCUGACACCAGAGGGUGCCGGAGAGUACUGCAGCCUGGAGAUGCUGGGGGGCAGCAGGGGCAGCAGCUCCUCCUCUCAGAGCUCCCCCGAACAGAGCGGACAGGAGUUCAGCGACACACCCCACAUCAAACACGAGUACGAGCUGCUCCACGAGACCGGCAUGUACACACACUCUCCACUCAACGGCCAGCCUGACGGAUGCUCCCUGCUGGAGAUAGAGCGUAUCACCCAGAGUGUUGUGAAAUCCCACAUCGAGACGAGUCAGUACAGCCCCGAGGAACUGAAACGGCUCACCUGGAAUUUCUACACAGCUGAGGAGACUCGCACCUACCAGAACAAGCAGACGGAGGUGAUGUGGCAGCAGUGUGCGGUUCACCUCACUAACGCCAUCCAGUACGUGGUGGAGUUCGCCAAGCGCAUCACCGGCUUCAUGGAUCUGUGUCAAAACGACCAGAUCAUCCUCCUCAAAGCAGGCUGUCUGGACGUGUUGCUGAUCCGGAUGUGUCGAGUUUAUAACCCCCUCAACCACACCCUGCUGUUUGAUGGGAAGUUUGCGAGCCCUCAGCUCUUUAAAACACUCGGCUGUGAUGACCUGGUGAAUGCUGUGUAUGAACUGGCCAAGUCCAUGAGCCGCCUGCAGCUCACCGAGGAGGAGAUGGCUCUUUUCAGCGCCGCUGUCCUCCUCUCUCCAGACCGACCAUGGCUUACGGAUAGCCAGCGGGUUCAGAGGCUUCAGGAGAAAGUCUACCUGGCACUGCAGUACUGCCUGAACAGAGGGGGCACCUCAGAGGAGAAACUGACCAAGAUGGUGGCUAAGCUGCCCAUGAUGAAGUCAAUUUGCAACCUUCACAUUGACAAACUGGAGUUUUUCCGCCUGCUUCACCCCGAAACGGCCUACAAUUUCCCUCCGCUCUACCGGGAGGUGUUUGGUAGCGAAAUCACCUUCCCCGACUCCACUGAGGGCUAGAGCCAGGCCGGCCCCCCAACUGGUGCUUGAGAGAGAGAGAGAGAGCAAAAGAAAGUUAGGAAUACAGAAAGAAAGAAAGAUGUAGGGAUGAAAUGAGGGAGGGGUGGUAGAUUUGAAGCGUCAUUGGCAGACCAGCAGCUCACUGACAAUCAUGCACGCAACACUUUAGGACUCCAAAUCCCACGAUCCCUUUCUUCUGGCUCCCUCCGAAAGGGGUUACUGGCGCUAGCGCGUGAGCAGGCCCCGCGUUUUUCGGACUUUUAUUUGCGAUUCUACACCAGUUGACACAGGAAGCGCCGCGUAGUCGUGUGCACGCUACCUGUUUUAACAGAGUGACAGGAGAAAGUUUAAUUUUAGUCGGAGCUCGAAUCUCCCUAAAGAUGAAGUACCCAGUACAGCGGAUUGGGACGCGACCGCCUCUUUCAGUUCUCUUUAGAGAAUCUUUAUGAAUGUACCCUAGUGGAUGUGUGGCACAGCCUCAGGAACGAGACGGAAUGUAUUAUGUGUAUUUGUCCUGUAAAAAUGUGCUUUUAAGGCUUGGUUUGAGUGUAGCAGCGCCCCAUUAUCAGCACCUCAUCACUAAAAAACCGGAGGGACCAACAGCAAGCAGACUUUGUAGUUGUUUUUAGCAUUUUAGCAUGCUGAUCAGGGUCCGUCAGUCUGUUUCUGCCACGCGUGCACUUAGCUGUAGCACGUCCCUAAGUGUACAGUAAUCUUGUGCUGCGCCUAUGCAUGCUUUUCUACAGGGCUGUGGGCAGACAGUGUUUCCGAGGUUGUUAUUUUGACCUUUUUUUUAACUAUAAAUUUAAAAUAAACCUCAGUCCCACCACCCUUUCCCCUGCAAAUGCCACUCUAGAAUGAAAGAGAAAGUAUUUUAUUAAUAUUUUUCUGUAAUUAAAAUAGAUACUAAAGAGAUUUAUUUAGAAUAAUAGAAGCUUUUGAAUAUAUAUAUAUAUCUAUAUAUUUAUAUUCCAUAAAUAUAUCAUAAACAUGCGUUAAGAUAAACAGAUAGACAGAAAGAGAAGGACCUAUUGAGAGAGCGAGAAAGAUGCACCAUAAAAGAAUGAAUGUUCUCAACAUCCCUCAAAGACUGCCUGAUUUUAUUUUAUUUUAUUUUAUUUUGUUUUAUAAGAAGCAUCCUGGCUCGAGCUGCAGUUUUAGGAAAGCUUUGGAUUUCGAGGCAGGUGGAUAGCACUUACGGACUCUGAAAAACCUCCAAAUGUGCGAACUUGACCUUCUGAACUGGCUCUUCCCUCAGCCUACAUGUCACUCAGGAUGGAAAGACUCCACAGUGCACACUCGGUUCACUGAAAACUGGACAGUGCUGUUGCCCUGCCGGUGAAGGAAAGCUGGAAGGCCCACUCUUCCUCACUCCGCAAGUGUGUGCCACAGCCACUGCACUGAAAACUGCAUCGAAUUUACUCGAUUCAAGUGUUGAUCUCCAACCCUGGUCCUGAGAGCUUCCUUCUUGUACAGUUUAGUUCCAGCCUGUAAGCUGAACCACCCCUUACUUAACCCUAAUACAUCUGAUCCAGCCAGUCAGGGACUUGGGAAGAGGUCGAUUAGCUGGAGCAGGUUUGGCAAAUUGUGCUGGAUCUAGGCUCUGCAGGAAGGUAGAUCUCCAGGAUCAGUAUUGGAAAAUACUGGUGCACGUAAUUUCUACAUGAAUAAAACAUCAACUGAACAGUGGUGAAAAAAUGAGACAGAAUCUUAUAUUUUAGCUGAUGAUUAAUUGCCAUAUAAGUAACUGCAAUGAACAAUUUCAUAGUAUAUAAUAAUUGCAAUACAAGACUGACCAGGUUGGCUGAUCAGCUGUCUUGCUGCUAUCAGCACUUUAUUGUAUUGUACCAAAUUCUGAAUUUUUAUAUAUAUAU